CCCCCACAAAACCCCAAGCCCCCCGAGCCCAGGCCGCUUCCCCAAUCUCCCACGGCCACUAUAUUUCCCUCUCGCGUCCGCCCUCGAUCGCGCUGACGAUCGCCGAAGGACCGAGCGAAUAAGAGAGGCAGAGAGAGAGAGGAAAAGUCGAAAACAGAAAGGAAAACCUUUUUGGUAUUCGAAUCCAAUCCGCGCGCGCGGCGGCGGGGCCGAAGAGGAGAAGGGCUAGGGUUUGGGAGACUCCCCCCGGCUCGUUGUUCUCUUCACCACUCUGCUCGUUUAGAGAUUGCUCGUCGUUCGAGGCUUCUAAUUGGUGCGCUUUCUGAAGUUUUCUGGUUGGAUCUGCGGCUCGGCGUGAUGGCGGAGAGAUUGAGGGAUUUAAGCCAGCCGAUCGACGUGCCCCUGCUCGAUGCGACCGUGGGCGCAUUUUACGGGACGGGAUCCAAGGAAGAGAGGUCAGCUGCAGACCAGAUACUGCGAGAAUUGCAAAACAACCCUGACACCUGGCUACAAGUGGUUCACAUUCUACAAAAUUCACAAAACUUAAAUACCAAGUUUUUUGCCCUACAGGUACUAGAAAAUGUCAUUAAAUACAGAUGGAAUGCCUUGCCAGCUGAACAACGGGAUGGAAUAAAGAAUUACAUAUCUGAUGUCAUUGUACAGCUUUCUAGUAAUGAAACCUCUUUCCGGAAGGAGCGAUUGUAUGUUAAUAAGCUUAAUGUCAUAUUAGUGCAGGUCUUAAAGCAUGAGUGGCCAGCCAGAUGGCAGAGCUUCAUUCCCGAUCUUGUCUCAGCUGCAAAGAGCAGUGAAACAAUUUGUGAAAAUUGUAUGGCUAUACUGAAGCUUUUGAGUGAAGAGGUUUUUGAUUUCUCAAGAGGAGAGAUGACUCAACAAAAAAUAAAAGAACUGAAGCAGUCAUUAAAUAGUGAAUUUCAACUCAUCCAUGAGUUAUGCUUAUACGUACUAUCAGCCUCUCAAAGAACAGAGCUUAUCAGGGCUACUUUGGCAACACUUCAUGCCUUUCUAUCAUGGAUUCCACUUGGCUAUAUAUUUGAAUCUCCACUGCUGGAGAUACUCUUAAAAUUCUUUCCCAUGGGAUCAUACCGGAACCUUACUCUUCAGUGUUUGACAGAGGUUGCGGCCCUUCAAUUUGGCGACUUUUAUGAUGCACAGUAUGUGAAGAUGUAUACAAUAUUUAUGGCACAAUUGCAGACAAUUAUUCCUCAUGGUACGAAUUUUGCAGAAGCAUACACAAAUGGUUCUAGUGAAGAGCAGGCUUUCAUUCAAAACCUUGCGCUCUUUUUUGCUUCAUUUUUCAAGUGUCACAUCCGAGUACUGGAAUCAGCUCCUGCAAAUAGAGGUGGAUUAUUGAUGGGCCUCGAGUACCUUAUUGGUAUUUCAUAUGUUGAUGACACUGAAGUUUUCAAGGUUUGCUUGGACUAUUGGAAUUUAUUGGUACUUGAGCUGUUUGAAGCGCAUCACAACUUGGAGAACCCUACUCUUUCAGCAAGCUUGAUGGGUCUUCAGACGACACUCAUGCCUGAGAUGGUUGAUGGCCUUGGUUCUCCUCUUCUUCAGAGGCGGCAACUUUAUUCAGUUCCAUUGUCCAAGUUAAGAACACUCAUGAUUUGUCGUAUGGCUAAGCCGGAAGAGGUUUUGAUUGUUGAAGAUGAAAAUGGAAAUAUAGUCCGUGAAACUAUGAAAGACAUCGAUGUCCUUGUUCAGUAUAAGAUAAUGCGGGAAACAUUAAUAUAUUUGUCUCACCUUGAUCAUGAGGACACAGAGCAACAGAUGUUGAAGAAGUUGAACAAACAAUUGAGUGGAGAAGAAUGGUCCUGGAACAACUUAAACACAUUAUGCUGGGCCAUCGGAUCCAUAUCAGGAUCAAUGAUGGAAGAACAGGUAUUCCUUUUCAGUAUGUAUCAGUAUAGCUUAGACACAUCUUUGGUACAAACGUACACUGCAAGUACUUUAGAAAUUUAAUUUCAUUGUUCUUUG